UUUGUGAUUCUGGUAAACAGCUGAGCUCUCACUUUGCGAGCUCUGCCCUCCUCCUCUUCUCUCUGGAUUCUACAGUACUGUGUUGAACUGCAUGAACUAACAAGCCACUUUGAUAUUAUUCCACUUAUCAAUCAUGCCUUUGGAGAACUUGUUUGGAUCAAAGGGGAGGCUGGUGCUGAGCACUCUCCUUGUUUGUGCUGUCAUCCUCGAGUUAGCUUAUUGUCAAGAAGAGGCCCAACAACAGAAGAUUAAUCCAGGAAGGAAGCCAAAGCCGAGCAUUACCAAACUUGGGAGGUCAACAAACAAAUCGCCCAGAGCUGUAACAGCCAAACCAAAGAUCAAAACUACAGCCCCGGCACAGACCUUCCUCACACAGGUGCUAAACAGAGGGAAGUUUAAAAAGGUGGUAGACAGUAUAAGUGUGCAGUCAGGAGACACCUUGGAGCUGAGGUGCAGGGGCAAACCUGUGCAGUGGAGCGUACCAAAGUACCUGGAGGAGGAUGAUGAGGGAAGGCUCAGUAUGGUCCAACAGGAGCGAUAUGGCGUCCUGACGUUGGUUAACACAACAGGUGCAGACACAGGGGAGUUCAGCUGUUAUCCGAUGUACUGUGAAGACACAGACUGCAGGAAGGAGUAUGACAAAGCUGUCAAAGUAUUUGUCUUCUUUCCAGAUCCACAAGAACUAUUUGUCCCGUCGGCUGACUACUACGAGGCGAUCCAGCUGAGAACCAACUGGCCUACUCUCCUCCCCUGCCAGGUGACUUCACCCCAGGCCAAAGUGACUCUGCACCGGGAGUUUCCUCCAGUUGAGGUGGAAUUUGAUGGGACAGAGAUCUCCUUUAACGUCAAGAGGGGCUUCACCAUUCAUCGCCCCCGGCCUCAUCAUGCUGGAGCCUUGUUCUGUGUCGCCAGUCUGGGCAACCUGAGGCAGAGCUCCACCAAGUACAUGCUCAUCUAUGUUAACUACCCCAUGGCUCCCCCUGCUCCAGUGAUCCAGGCCUCGUCCAGCUCAGUGACUGCGGGGGAGAAUCUGCGUGUCAGCUGCUCUGUGGUGGGGGAGCAGGACGUGGCUGUGGAGUUCACCUGGGAUUACCCAGGACAGCAGAUUGGGAGGCCUCUGUACACUCAGGACAGCAUCAGUCCAGUGGGUGGAGGAGCGGCCCGACAGCAGUCCCAGUCUGUCCUCCUGGUCGAUGAGGUGCGGGACGUGGACCAGGGAACAUACACCUGCACCGCCCAGAACCUGCAAGGAGCCAAAUCAGUUUCUACUACUGUUAAAGUGGUGCCCAAAGCAAAACCUAAGAAACAAAAACCAUAAAAACUAGAUGAGACGGUGGAGAUCAGGAGCACCAUUUUGCUUUGUCAAAAGUACUGAACCGUAUUCAAUCAGUCACAUAUCAAUAUAUAAAUGCAACAAACAUCAUAUUCUCUUUCUAUUGCUGUAAACACACUGAAGCCUACAAAUUAAGAGACAUUUUGUUGUUUAGAUUUAGAUGAAUGUAAAGCGUUGUGCAUUAAGCAGAUUGUGUUUUUUAAGUUUUAUAUACACAUUGUUACCUGUCUUUUUCUACUUUUUCUUAUUGUGCAUAACCCUGCCUUUUUAUUCA